UUUAGAUUUUUUCAAUAAUUUCAAUCCUUUUUAUUUUAUUUUAUAUUUUAUUGAUUUUUGAUAGGAAUGUUUACUUGCUUUAUCAUUAAUUGUCAUUCACUUUGCUAUUUCUACAGCCAGCGUUUCAACGGAGGAAAUUAGUUCACCUUUUUAAUCAGCAUUUAAUACUCUCAGAUUCAAUUUUCUAUAUACGGGGUUUCACAUAUCUCACAUAAUUAGCUAUUCCUUAUUCAUUAGUCGUUUACUUACACAUACAAGUACUUCGUACUUCUGAUUUUUUGUUUAUUUUUUUGGUUCCUGGUCAUCAUAUGCAAAUAUCUUGUCUUUAAAUAUGAAACAGGACCUCUUAAAAAAUGCAGUAGAGUUUUUGAGACAGGAUUCGAUCAUGGAUGCUCCAGUUGCUAAAAAAAUAGAAUUUCUGAGUUCAAAAGGUCUUAACCAGGACGAAAUACAAAAUGCGUUUGCACUAGCUCAAAGCCCAUUGUAUAACUCGAUCACAAGUCACUCAAAUAGCGAAAACACUCUUACAAGGGACUGGCGAGACUGGUUUAUUAUGGGUGUUAUUUCGGGUGGAUUUGCAUGGUCUGUUUACACACUAGUAAAGAAAUACCUUGUCCCCAUGUUAGAGCCACCAAGCCCUAAUGCCUACGAGGAGGACAAGAAUGCGUUAGAUCGUAGAUUUGAAGAAGCUGAAAAGACACUACACUCUUUGUCUGAAACCACUAAAAGUCUUUCACAAAGAACUGAAAAGAACCAGGAUGAUCUGGAUGCUGCUUUAGAUGACUUGGAAGAGACCCUCAGCACUUUGCGUCGUGACUCCGAUCAGCGAGAUCGAGAAAUUGCCAGGAUUUCUCAUGAUGUAUAUACGAUGAGUGCCAAGACCCUCCCACAAUCUUUAGAAAUGAUCCAAAAAUCGCAAGAAGAGUCAUUGAAGAAGCUUGCUGAAGAAGUAAAACAACUUCAAUCUCUACAACAAAACCAUUCAACUUCGACAAACAAUUUCGACAGUGCAAAUUUCACCACAGACGACAUUGAGCAAAAGCCAAACCCACAAAAUGCAACUAACGAAGAAGAGACUACUUCUCUUCCUGAGUGGCAGGUAUCCAUGCACGCUCAAGCUACUGAUGAUGUGAACUUUUCAUAAAUUUACAAAACGAUAGACUUGAAGUCAACGGCUUUGAUAGCCUAUAACGAAUUUGUUAUCUACGCCGUCUCACACACACAUCAUGAGCUACAUUGUACAAAUCUCUCUCUUUUUUUUUUUUUUUUAGGCAUAUAAAUAUAUAAUCUAUGUGAUAUAGCUUAAAGA